AACUCCGGUGUCAUCCUUCUCCGCCAUGCCACCCACCUCAGCACGAUGGGAAAUGAAGGCUGCAGAACAGGCGGCACCCAGGCUUCUGCCCCUGCCAGUCCCGCGGAGCCUGACAACUACAGUUCCCGAGAUAAAGAAGCCACCAGUGGCCCCCAAGCCAAAGUUCAUGGUGGCAAAUAAGAAGCCAGCUCCGCCUGCUAUUGCCCCGAAACCUGACGGCAUGGUUGCUAGCAUUCCACACUCAGCAAAGAAAACUAAACCAGCAGUUGCACCCAAACCUAAAGUUCUGAAGACCGCACCUAUGGGAGAGCCGUCGCCGUCACUGCCAAAGAGAACCACUGAGACCCUGGGAGAGCAUAAACCAGAGUGGCCCCAAAGCACUGACACCUUUAAUUGCAAAAAUGUAGGGGAUCAGAGCAGCGAUUCUAUUCUACCGAAGUGUGCCUGUGGUUCUGAAUGUAUCUGUAAGCUUGGGAAUAAAAAGAAGAUGUGUGUAAAGCAGCUUGUUUUAGAGCCCUUGGAAAUGAAAGAAUGUUUAGAAAACAGUAAAACGGAUGAGUCCUCUUUGACAAUAAAAACUCAGAUGAAGUGGAAUUCUACUGAAAAGUAUAGGAGCCACAGUGGAGUGAUUUUAAAGGCAAGCAUCCUAGAAGCCAAGCUCAAAGAUGCUCUGAAACAACAAAUGUCAGCUUUCGGUCACCUGCAGAAGCACAAAUCCACAGGUAGCUCAGAAGUGAAUGAGGGCAGCAGCGCCGACGCGCGGUUCAGAAGUGGUCCUCCAGAUGCCUCACCUUCCCCGUCCAGCUUCGAAAAUGUGCCUGUUUCUCAGAACUGCCACUUGCAGCUUCCUAGGGGUGAAUUUCAAAAGCUUGAAACUUUGGAGGAGGGAAGCAAAAAAAGCAAUAAUUACUUUCAUUCCUCUGGAUCAGAAGCUCUGGGAAAUGGUAAAAAAGAUACAUGUGUAUCUUCAGAUGAAGUUACUAAGCACACAAAAGUCAGAGACCUCAGUCCUGUAGAAAUGGACUCAGUAUCAGGUAGCCCGAAAUUUCCUAACCUAAAGCCCAGAAAGACACGUCUGUUACGCCAAAAGCAUGUAGAUACACCUAGCGAAAGUGCUGUGGAACCGGAGAAUUUAAAUAAUAGCUCUUCUUGUCUUGGUGAAGUUAGUUCAAAAAACAGUGAAGUCAGUGUUCUUCAGGAGAACGUUUUGUGUCACCUGAAUUCAGUGAACAAAGUGAAGCCGGGAAAUAAAAGUGAACUGAAUAGCAGCUCCAGUCUGGACAGACAGGACUUGUGUCAUGAGACAUCUUCCCUUGAGAACACGGCCCCUUCUUUUGAUACAGACUCUAAUUUGAGUUCUGACAGCAGGGCAGAUACAGAUGGUCCUAGUACAUCACUUGAUGUGGACAAAGAGACCUAUUUUACAAAAUCCAAUGCGUUGUCUUGGAGCCUGCCUAAGCAGCUCAAAUUAACCUGCAGUGACCAUCUGCCAGCUGGGAACCUGGAAGUGUCUGCAUCUUCAGUGCAGAAGGACUGUGUGAAGAAAGAGGAAAGUUCCUCAAGAAUUGUGCCCAAGAAACCUCAAAGGCACAGCUUGCCUGCUUCAGGGGUGCUUAAGAAGGCUGCCUCUGUGGAGCUGGUGGAGAAAAGUUCUUAUCCCUCAGUUGAAGUAAAAAGUUCAGGGAAGGUUCUAGAAGGAAAUCACCUUCAGCAUUUGUGUGCCCGAGACCACCCUAGUACGUCAUCCUCCUUUGAUAUGCCUAAACGGACUUCAGAAAAGCCGGUGUGGAAAUUACCUCAUCCUAUUUUACCGUUUUUAGGGAACUCAGAAUCCUUAAAGUUUGUCACCGUGUCUUCCAGUGAUGAGGCUUCCGCUGCCCUAACCAAGCCGAGAGCGAAGUCGUUGUCCUCGGUGGAUCUGGACAGGUGCACCAAGCCUUGCAAACACUCCCCUAAGAAGAACUCUUUCAGACAGUUGUUCAACAGGAAGCUAUCCAUGUGCUUUAUGAAGGGAGACUUUCAGAAAUUUCGACCCAGGAGUAGCCAGCCAGGAGACACAAGCAGAGGCUGGCUGUCAGCCGGGGCGUGGAGAGGGCUUGGCAGUGACUGGCGCAGCCUGGUGGUGGCCGACCUGGAGAAAAGAGGCAAACCCAGCAAGGCCUACUCUGCCGAUCACUACAGUCCGGAGUCUCAGAAGAAGAAGAAGAAGCAGAAGCUUUGGGGAGGGACUGGUGCAGAUUACGGUCCAAGAGCGGAGUCUCUGGAUGAGCAGAUGCUCUCUGGGGAACCCUCCUGUCGGGAGGCCGGCAAGGUGGUGACAAGUGUCUGUGAGCCGGAGUAUGAAAAUGUGCGCCAUUAUGAGGAGAUCCCGGAGUAUGAGAACUUGCCCUUUGUUACGGCCACAGGGAAAGCUCCCAAGUUGGAAGGGCAGAAUUCCAGCAGCAUGGAGGACGUGGAUGCUAAUGUGCCCAAGGUGCAAGAGCCAGACGAAGCUGCAGGUGAUCGGAUGCCCCUGGGGCCUGGACAUCAGCUUUCCAGCAGCUCUGGACCAGGCCCAGAGGGACCCCGGGAUCCUGACCUUGGCCUCGAAGACUUGCCUUCCGAUGAGGAUGAAGUCAUCAACAGCUCGGAUGAGGAAGAUGGCAGCUCUGGAUCGAGUAAAGGGGAGCCAGAGCCACUGGAAGAUAAGCAGGAGGAAGGCACUGGGAUGAAGAGCAAAGUUCAUCACAUCGCCGAAGAGAUCAUGAGCUCAGAGAAAGUGUUUGUGGAUGUGUUAAAACUGUUGCAUAUUGACUUCCGAGACGCCGUGGGCCAUGCUUCCAGGCAGCUGGGGAAGCCUGUCAUUGAAGACCGGAUCCUGAAUCAGAUUUUGUACUACCUGCCGCAGCUCUAUGAGCUCAACCGCGAUCUCCUGAGCGAACUGGAGGAAAGAAUGUCCAACUGGACCGAGGAACAAAGAAUCGCUGAUAUCUUUGUAAAGAAGGGCCCCUACCUGAAAAUGUAUUCCACAUACAUCAAAGAAUUUGAUAAAAACAUAGCUCUGCUGGAUGAGCAAUGCAAGAAAAACUCAGGUUUUGCUGCCGUUGUUAGAGAAUUUGAGAUGAGCCCUCGCUGUGCCAACCUGGCCCUCAAGCACUACCUGCUCAAGCUGGUCCAGAGGAUCCCGCAGUACCGGCUGCUGCUGACAGAUUAUUUGAAGAAUCUCUUAGAAGACUCUGCAGAUUACAGAGACACUCAAGAUGCCCUCACCGUGGUGAUUGAGGUGGCCAACCACGCCAACGACAGCAUGAAGCAGGGCGACAACUUCCAGAAGCUCCUGCGGAUCCAGUACAGCCUGAGCGGGCACCAGGAGAUCCUGCAGCCGGGACGGGUUUUCCUCAAGGAAGGCGUCCUGAUGAAGCUGUCCCGGAAGGUCAUGCAGCCGCGCAUGUUUUUCCUGUUCAACGACGUCCUGCUGUACACCACGCCUCUGCAGUCGGGGACAUACAAGCUGAACAACAUGCUCUCCUUGGCCGGCAUGAAGGUCACAAAGCCCGGCCAGGAAGCCUAUCAGAACGAACUGAAGAUCGAGAGUGUGGAACGCUCCUUCAUCCUCUCAGCCAGCUCUGCCCGCGAGAGGGACGAGUGGCUGGCAGCCAUCUCGGGGGCCAUCGAGGAGCAUGCCAAGAAGAGAGUCACCUUCUGCCCUGGUAGGAGUCUGGAUGAGGCCGACUUGGAGAGGAAGGAGGAAGUGACUCCCCUGGGCUCCAAGGCGCCCAUCUGGGUUCCAGACACCAGGGCCACCAUGUGCAUGAUCUGUACCAGGGAGUUCACUCUCACCUGGAGGCGACACCACUGCCGCGCCUGCGGGAAGGUCGUCUGCCAAGCCUGCUCCUCAAAUAAGUAUGGCUUGGAUUACCUGAAAAACCAGCCCGCAAGAGUGUGUGAACAUUGUUUCCAAGAGCUGCAGAAACUAGAUCACCAGCCCUCCCCAAGGCCCGGGACCCCCGGAAGUCACAAGUCUCCGUCCAGCGCCUUGACCUCGGUGCUGCAGUCCAUCCCCUCCGGGCGGAAGCAAAAAAAGAUCCCUGCAGCUCUUAAAGAAGUGUGGGCCAGCACGGAGGACUCCACCAUGAGCGGCUACCUGUACCGGGCCAAGGGCACCCGCAAGCCCUGGAAGCACCUGUGGUUCGUCAUCAAGAACAAAGUGCUGUACACGUACGCAGCCAGCGAGGACGUGGCAGCGUUGGAGAGUCAGCCUCUGUUAGGAUUUACAGUCUCCCAAGUCAGAGACGAGAGUGCGGAGUCGAGAGUGUUCCAGCUGCUGCACAAGGACAUGGUGUUCUAUGUUUUCAAAGCUGAGGACGCGCAGUCGGCACAGAAGUGGAUAGAGGCGUUUCAGGAAGGCACCGUGUUGUAGCAGUGCUGGUUUCGUCUCUUCUCUGAGGAUGGUGGAAUUUCUUCAGGAUGGAGUAAAAACAAAAUUUUAUAAAAAUAAACACUGCCAAGAUAAAUCCAACCAAACUCUUUUUCAGAGAUCUCAGAUACAAGAAAUUAUUUUGUUAGAUAUAGUUUUUUAAAAAAAUGUUUGCUUUUUCAUGUAUUUUAUUUAUUAAAACUGUAAUGUUUUACUUGAUGGUCAGAGUUA